AUGGCGGCUGAAGCUGCGGUAGGAGCUGCAGUUCAAGUUUUACUUCAAAAUCUGAUCACACUUUCGGAGGAGCAAAUAAGCCUCGUUCGAGAUUUCAAGAAAGACCUGAAAAAACUAAAAGAUUCUCUCUCUAUGAUUCAAGAUCUCUUGGACGAUGCGGAGAAGAAGCAAAUCACCGAAAAAGCCGUCAAACGCUGGUUGAAGAAGCUCGAAGGUGUCGCCUUCGACGCCGAUAACGUCUUGGAUGAGCUCAACUAUCAAAAUCUCUCCAAGAAAAUCCAGACGCAAUACAAAAUGAAGAAAACGGCGCGUAUACGAUGCUUCAUCCUCCCGCAAUGCGUUCCCGAUGCACGUCGUCUAAAAAUGGCACGUAAAAUCAAGGAUAUCAAUCAAAACUUGGAAGAGAUCAACCUGGAGGCAACCAAAUAUGGCCUUCAAAAGUCAAUUGCAGGUGCACAUGCUCCGCUUACUGGAUCAUCUGCAGGCCGGGAAACCGACUCGUUCGGUAUCGAUCCGAUUUUUCUUGGAAGAGAAAAUGACGUGUCUGCAAUUGUGAAGACGAUGACUACUCUUCCAAAUGGUCAAGUACUCUCUAUCCUCCCUAUUGUCGGGAUGGGUGGACUCGGAAAGUCAACGGUAGCUAGACAAGUAUUUGAUCAUGAAGAGAUAAGGGCACACUUCGAUAAGCAUUUGUGGGUGCAUGUUUCUGAAAAAUUCGAUGCCGUGAUUCUUCUCAACAAGAUUCAUACUUUGUUAACAGAAACAAAUGUCGAACUCGGAGCCAAACAAGCUCUUCUGGAGAAGAUUCAGAAGCAUUUGGGAGGUAAAAAAUAUCUACUUGUCCUAGACGAUGUUUGGAAUGAAAAUCAGGAAAUAUGGGAUGAUUUUAUUAAUCCCUUGAGAGGGAUUAGUUCUGGGACAGGAAAUGGCAUCAUUGUUACUACGAGAAGUGAAAUUGUUUCUUCCGUUGUGCGAACACUUCCUGUGCAUCGACUAAAAAACUUGCCGGAAGUUGAGUGUUGGUCCAUAAUCAGAGCAAAAGCCUUUAGAGAAGAUAAUAAUAUUCCAUCACAACUGGAGACAGUUGGGGUAUCUAUCGCAAAAAGAUGUCAGGGUUUGCCAUUGGCGGCAAAAGUGGUGGGGGCAUUGUUGCGUGAUAAGAAUAUCGAUGAGUGGAUUUCAAUUGAAAAGAAUUGGCUCUCCAAGUCCGGAAGUGAAAAUAAUGUCUCAAAUAUAUUGAAGUUGAGUUAUGAUCAUUUAUCGUCGCCAUCACUCAAAAAGUGUUUUGCGUACUGUUCAAUUUUUCCUAAAGGAUAUAACUUGGACAAGGAAAGGUUGGUUGAGCUUUGGAUGGCAGAGGGAUUUCUUGGAGGAAAUGACGAUAUGGAGAUUGUCGGCAACAAAUUCUUUAGUCUUCUCCUACAGAACUCAUUGUUACAAGCUGUGAAGAAAGGUGAUUACAACAACACAACAUAUUAUAACAUGCAUGAUCUUGUUCAUGAUCUAGCAUCAUCUGUUUAA